AUGCAUCCUCGUGGUCUGAUACAUCCCUACCAUCGGACCCAGUUUUUCUCCAGACAUAACGGCGCCAUCACAGCCAUGGGACAAACUGGAGAAAAGCAUCGACACGAAACAUGGAUGUCGCUGACUUCCUUCUGUUCGGCACUCAGAUCUGACAAUCCUACCGGUCACCACCAGAUUAUCUCUCCCGGCCACAUGCUCGUCGGCUCCAACGGCCGCCCUGCCGAACCAAAAUCUCACAUGCACGGCGAAACGUCGAGUGGAGAUGACUUCAUCGCAUCUCCUGCAGCAGUGCGAAGUGAAGAAAUAGCACUUCUUGCGUCCGAUUUGAAGAAGCUUCUCGUCCGUCUUGACACUUGUUGCAACGUCCAAGAGUCGGUGCCAGCUUCGAGUCCGUUUCAAGGGAUGUCGCCAUCCCUGGCACUAUUCAUGGCAAGCUUCGCAUAUAAGUAA